AUGCUCCAAAUGAGCAGGCCGGCGAACGAUCGCCGCGUUCGGCAAGCAUUAGAACGUGCCAGGACCAGUGACGAUGGCCAUGUCGACCCUCAGACAAACGCCAUUCUCGAAAGCGCCAUUCGAGAUCUCUGGCGGAGGAUACAGAGGCAACCGGACAGCUACGUGCUUAGUCGCGACGAGUUUGCUCUCUUCAAUUACUUCCGCGAGCGUUUCCGGGGCUCGCCCGUCGCACAAAGAGCAGUCGAACGCUUUUGGAAUAGCCACAGAGGAGAUUCUACCAAUAUGGAUAAAUUCAGAUAA